CAGUAUUUAACAUUUUCUCCGAAGAAGGGCACUUUGAGGACAUUUCAGGUUUAGCAAUAACCCCUGGCUAUUUAAAUCAAAGAUAUUUGACCAAUACUUGAUUCUCCAUUUUAUUCCUUGUAUAGAUCUCGCCGUCUGAAAUGGAGUUCUCUGCUACUAACGCAGCUCAUGCCGUCUUAGUUUCCUCUCCCGGUCAUCUUCUACCCAUCCUUGAGCUUGGGAAACUCCUCGUUACUUCCCACAACGUCGGUGUAACCAUCUUGGUAGUCUCCAACCACCUAACAGCAACCGGGGAAUCUCUAAUAGUUCAAUCUGCCAUAGCUUCAAACCUUUACAACGUUAUCCAUCUUCCGCCAGUUGACACCAGUAACCGGACGUCUGGGCCCGGAAUCACACAUAUUGUCUUGGCCGUGCGUGAGAUCAAACCAGCUCUGCGCUCUGCUUUGUCUGCUCUCGAAUCUCCUCCGACGGCUCUCAUCCUUCACCAUCUAGCCUUCGAUUGUUUUGAGAUUGCUGAUGAAUUUGAGAUACCCAAGUUUGUCUAUGUCUCCCCAAACGCAUGGUUCCUAGCACUACUUUCCUACACACCAGUCCUGGACAAAAUUGUUGAAGGAAACUUUGUGGAUCAUAAAGAAAAUCUAGUUAUCCCGGGUUGCAGAUCGGUUCGACCAAAAGAAGUACCGACACCAUUAGGUUACCGAAAGUCUAGUGACUAUGCAGAGUUCCUUCACGUGGCACUGGAGAUUCCAAAGGCUGAUGGGAUUUUGGUCAAUACAUGGGAGGAGCUUCAGCCGAGAACGCUGGCAGCUCUGAGAGAUGAAAAGCUCUUAGGCGGUAUUGUUAAGGCGGCAAUUUAUCCUAUCGGUCCAAUUUACCGAGCACCAUCCAAAGAGUUGUCAAGUGAGUUAUCCGAAUGGCUGGGGAAGCAGCCCAAAGAAUCUGUGGUUUAUGUAUCGUUUGGAAACAAAGGGGGAAUCUCGGUUGAACAGAUAGUAGAGCUAGCUUGGGGGCUGGAACUAAGCCAACAACGGUUCAUAUGGGUUGUACGUCCACCGGUACAGAAAACCGGAAUUGGGGUCCAUGCCAAGAUUGGAAACAACGAUGUUAGUUUCUUGCCUCAAGGAUUCAUGGAUCGAACCCGAGAGGUGGGAUUGUUGAUUCCACAAUGGGCUCCGCAGGUAGAAAUCUUGAACAACCCUUCGGUGGGGGCUUUUUUCUCGCAUUGUGGCUGGAACUCCACCGUUGAGUGCAUCUGCUGUGGGCUGCCUAUGAUUGCUUGGCCUCUGUUUGCGGAGCAGAAAAUGAACGCCACACUGCUAACGGAGGAGUUGGGGAUAGCUGUUCGAUCGGAGAUACUACCGACGGAGGGAAUUGUGGGUAGGGAGGAGAUAAAGAGGAUAAUAAGACGAGUAACAGUGGACGAGGAAGGAGGUGGUAUGAGAGAAAGGGCGAAGGCCCUGAAACUUGCCGCGGCGAAAGCUCACAAAGAAGGUGGUUCUUCUUACAACGCAGUGGCUCAACUCGCCAAGAAACUCUGCAUCUCUGAUUCUUCGUGUUAAAAA